GGCCCUGGCGCGGUGCGUAGCGUAACAUUCCAUUGAGAAGAAGAGGGGAAGAUGGCGUCCUCUAAUAAUCCCCGCAAAUUUAGCGAAAAAAUCGCGUUGCAUAAUCAAAAACAGGCGGAAGAGACGGCUGCGUUUGAAGAAGUGAUGAAGGACUUGAACAUCACCCGAGCAGCAAGGUUGCAGUUGCAGAAGACCCAGUAUUUGCAACUAGGGCAGAAUCGUGGACAGUACUAUGGAGGCUCACUGCCCAAUGUCAAUCAGAUUGGAAAUGGCAACAUUGACCUGCCUUUUCAGAACUCUGUGCUGGACACCAGUCGGACAACCAGACACCACGGGCUGGUGGAGCGCGUUUACCGUGACCGGAACCGCAUCACAUCCCCUCAUCGCCGGCCACUGUCUGUUGAUAAACAUGGCCGCCAAAUCGACAGCUGUCCUUACAGCUCCGUUUACCUCUCCCCACCGCCAGAUACUAGCUGGAGAAGGACAAACUCGGACUCCGCCUUACACCAGAGCGCCAUGAACCCGAAACCCCAGGAGGUGUUUUCAGGGGGAUCACAGGAGCUGCAGCCUAAACGAGUGCUGCUGCUAACCGUUCCUGGGACAGAAAAUUCGGAAUCGGAUGCUGACAGUGACGCUCAGAAACAGAUGUGGAACGACAAAAAGGAUGAUCCAUCGACGACAAACACAUGUGAUGUCCCAGGAAUCAAUAUAUUUCCGUCACCGGACCAGGAGUUGAAUCCGUCCGUGGUCCCAGCUGCACACAACACUGGCGGUUCUCUGCCAGAUCUGACAAACAUCCAGUUCCCUCCUCCGCUGUCCACUCCACUCGACCCCGAGGACACCGUGUCCUUUCCCUCGCUCAGCUCGGCCAACAGCACGGGCAGCCUGACCACAAACCUCACCCACCUGGGCAUCAGCGCUGCCAGUCACGGGAUCCCUACUUCCUCUCAGCCUACAAUGACUGUAACGGCUCAGCGCAGGCAGCCACCGGUGGUGCCACUAACCCUCACCUCUGAGCUCCACCUCCAGCAGUCUCCACAGCAGCUCUCGCCCACCCUGUCCUCACCUGUUAACAUCACGCAGGCUUUGCCAACAGAAACCCUAACGCUGGAACAGCAGCUUUCCCAGUACCCCCUGUUCAGCCAGCUGACUCCUCAGGCCCAGGCCCAGCUUCUCAGUGACCUCCAGAAGCAGCAGGCCCUCCCACAGGGCAUCCAGCUCAUUGCUUUGCCAACUGCAGCCUCCUCUGGUACAGCCACAGCUAGCAGCCCCUCCCCGGACAGCCAGACCACCGCCAGCAUCAGCAUCAGCUCGUACCGCAAUCAGACUGGCUCACCAGCCACUCAGUCUCCAACCUCCCCAGUCUCCAAUCAAGGCUUCUCCCCAGGAGGCUCGCCUCAACACAUUCCUGUGGUGGGCAGCUUAUUUGGCGACUCGUUUUAUGAUCAGCAGCUGGCAUCAAGACAGACCAACGCUCUCUCCCACCAGCUGGAGCAGUUCAACAUGAUCGAAAGCCCCAUCAGCUCCUCCAACCUGUACAGCCAGUGUUCCACCCUUAACUACACGCAGGCGGCCAUGAUGGGUCUCACUGGGAGCAGCCUUCAGGACACGCAGCAGCUCAACUACAGUAGCCAUGGCAACAUCCCCAACAUCAUUUUAACAGUCACAGGCGAGUCUCCUCCGAGUCUCUCCAAAGAGCUGACCAACUCCCUGGCUGGUGUCGGCGAUGUCAGCUUUGACGCGGACUCUCAGUUUCCUCUGGAUGAGCUGAAGAUAGACCCGCUCACUCUGGAUGGACUGCACAUGCUCAACGACCCCGACAUGGUGCUGGCUGACCCCGCUACCGAGGACACUUUUAGGAUGGACAGACUGUAACGCCGACUGUGGUGCGAAGGGAAGAGAGAAGAAAAACAACGCACUAACUUGUGAAUGAGGAGAAACAAAGGGCAGGAUGGACGCUCCCCCUUGUUGCAUGGCCGUCCAGCUGUCCAACCCUUUGAAACAAAGCGCCACGAUAAGGGAACAGGUAAUCAGACAUCCAGUGGCUUGCCGUGGGAAAAACCUCGCUGUCGUUUUGGAUGAGAUUGGCUGCUCAGCGCUUUUGCUAACCUACUGUGUUUACAGUGCUCCAUUACAUGCUACAUAUAUUUCAAAUAUGCACAUUUGACAGCUUUUCUUCAUUUCAUAUCCACAUUUGUUUUGUUCAUACUGGCUUGUAGCAGGAAGCUGCUAAGACACUGGGUUUAACCGUUGGCAUGGCUAUGUCUAAAAGAGGGAGCAAAAAAAAAAAACAUAGCCUGUUUGCUCACUUCCCCGCAAUGAAAUUCCUUCACUGCGUAACAACUUUCUAUUUCACUCUCAAAGCUUUAUUUUUGACAACCAAAAGGUUUUUCUCAUCUUGUACUGUAUGUUUUUAUGCUUCGUGUAUUUAUUUAUUUAUUGAUUUGGUUGAAAACUUUAUAUUUUCUUUGGUUACCUGAAAUUUUAUGCCAAAAUGUUGUUAGCGAUAGUGUAAUAAAAUGCCACUGAUGUAAUUUGUGUUUCUACAUAUUUAUCUGUUUUGUAAGCUUCUGUUGGGUUAAUGAAGGAGUGUAAAACCUCCCCAGAGUUGCUUUUUGGUGUUAGAUGUGCAAUGCUCUGAUGUUAAUGUGCUGCAGCCCAACAAUCCAAUCAAAUCUCACACAGUUCAGAAAAAGUCUCCAGCUCAAGAAACGGGUUGAUUUUACGCUACUGGGAUUAACUUUCUGGAAACAAAAAAAAUCAGGUAUUUUUAUUUAACCAGAAAUCAAGAAAAAUGCAUCUAAAUUUAUGCUCAGCCAAUGAAAAGCCAAUACACACAUACAUGUAAACUCUUUCCUGGUGAAAGAAAGUGUCUGCUUUUAAUCCAGAGAACGCUAAAAUCUUUAUAUUUUUUAGGUCGUCACUGUGAAAUCACCUGAUUUUGCCUUACAGUAACAUGCUACUGUUCUACUUAAUCGUUCGACGUGACUGCGUAUUUUCAUAACUUACUGUAACAUUUUCUUGUAUUUCAGAGAAACUUUUAGUCUGUGGUCUUUGUGGUUUUGUUAUGUAAGAUUUGACAAAUCAUUGUACUGUAUUUUGUAGCAGUACACUUUCUAGCCAAAUUGUUGUUGUUGUUUUUUUAAGUGGGGCAAAAGCAAAAUGGAAAAAAGAAAUUAAGGAGGGCUUUAAGUGUUUAAGGAAGGCAAUUAUGGGGAGGCUUUUUGCUCCUUUAAGGGAGUCUGACAAAAACGCAACUUGGUGAUAUUUUGUUUUGGUAUAAAUGUUUACUCUCUCCUUUUGGAUGAGCCUAAAAAAGUUCUGUUAGUAAAAAAAAAAAGUUUACUAGUGUCUCAUCAGUGUUUCAACAGCACUGCUGUUUAUUCAGGCUUGUAAUCAACAGGAAUUACCGCAGUUUCAACCAAGGAAGUUUUAUUCCAAAAUGUCCGACACCAUUUUCAACCCAAAGCCAUUUACACGCCAUCCAGUGGGUCGACCUCAAGUGGCUAAAUGUUUUAAAACUAAUGAAAAAGUCUGGAACGUCGCAUUCAGUGCCAACAGGUCUGCCUUGGCUUUUUUGUCAGCUUCCCUGCGAGGUUUGUCCUCAAAUGUACUCGUGUAGGAUCAUUUUUGGUGUAUUGUAAUAUUUAUGUGCAAAUGUGAUGUUUUUACUCACCUAAAGCGAUGGUGGGGAACCUGUCCAACCCUUAGGGAUGGGAUGGUGUCUGGGUUUGCUGGUCCAGCUGAAGUGUUCAUUGUCUGCUGCAGAAGCUCCAUCAGCCAUUUUAUUUGCCUUCGACUCACCUGUGACUCCUAUGCAAAUGACAAAAAUAUAUAUCUGAAAAGACCUUUAAAGAAAAAAUCCAACAGUUUCACACUUUUCUCUUCAUACCGUCGGAGGUGUUUUUAUCACUAACAGUUGCAUAGAGUUCCUUAACAAAUGUGAUUAAAAUGGAAGCAAAACAAGACAUGCUGCCAUUAUGAGCUAUGUUUAUUAUGAUAAAAAGAAGAAAUUACAAAGAGAACGUUUAUAAAUUAGUCAAAUUUUUACUCCAUGAGAAAGAAAAGAAAUCUGGAAGUGUGGAGGUUCCCUUUAGGGAAUUCAGUGUCUCCUUAAUGUGCCAACAGCACGUCUUCUGGGUUAUUAGUGUUGUGGCGGUAUGACAAUCAGUGACAUACAUCUCUGAAACUCCAACUGUUUGUUUUGGUUGAGCUUUCACCCAAUGGGUUCACUUGAAAAGUACGUUUUGAUGCUUCCCAAUAGAAAUUGUCCCAACUUGAUGGGAAAAAAAGUCAAAAUUGGACGAUUUUUUUUAACCUGGAAUUGAAAUAUCAUCACUUGUGUUGGAUUUUUUCUUUAGGUCUCUAAUAUUGAUCUGCAGAUUUCUUUUUCUUUCCGAGGUUUGUGUACCUAAGGGAAAAAAAUAACAGAAAACAUUGUGCUCAGGCUUUAUUGUUGAGUAACACCAGUAGUUGGAGCUUUCCUGUUCGUCUGUUUUUGUUCAUCCUGCUUAAGAGUCGUCACCUAAGCGGACUCUGUACAUACUAUAGCUGAAACAUAAAAUGCAUGACUAAACCGACAGUCCAGACCUCUAAGUGAAGGCCUUCUAUAGUUCUGCAGGUUUUCUUUGUGUAACAUAACACUAUCCCCCGGGUAAACAGUGAACUCCUGUCCAGUGGCUCCGUUACCUCUGUUUCUGUACAACGCUACUUCACGAAUGAUAAAAGAAUGUAACUUCUGUGUCCUAGUUUUAGCCAAAUGAGCCCAAGUGCGGAUGUUUGGUCAUGUUACAGUCCGACCAGACUCCUGUCAUCUCUGCCGACCCCCCCCCCCCCCCCCCAAGAAACAGACUGUUGUUCGUUCUGCUCUCCUCCUACUGUACCGCUCAUACCCCCCUGCAUUAAGUGGAAACCAGUUCAUUUGAAAGACCCUGCAGCCGAUCCGCCCCCCCUUCUCUCCGCCAGCUUGGCCCCUUGACCCAGGAGGUCCUGUCUGUUGCAGAUCGGCACGUGCACUGAUUGUUUGCAUUUGGGGACCUCUGAAGCUUCUGCAUUAUGCAGUCAAUUGCAUGACAUGAUGGACACAUCAAAACGAUUUCUACCCCGUGUUGUGUACAGGAUCUUGCUAUGCUGGAGUGUAUUUUAUGACAGAUGUGUUUCUUUCUUUUUGAGUUGUUGCCUAUCAUGUCAAGUUUUAGGCUGGGUGAAGUGAACUGCUUUUACUUUCAUUCUUGGUGCAAUGUUUAGUCCACUAGUUGCUUUGCACUUUAUUUGUGGCUCCCUGCUGUUUGAGCAGGGUCGGUUCCGCCCCAUGUGAAUGCUGACUGUUUCACACCUGAUAUAUUGUGAUGUAUAAGAAAAGAUGGAUUUUAUAUUUUUUGUAAACUUUACUGUGGCUUUGUCUUUUGUUUUUGUUUCUAUUUUUAAAAUCUGUCGAAGAUUUUAGAAGAUGCAAAAUUAGAAAGGGCUUACUCCGUGUUUGAAAGGAGCGGAGAGCAUCACUUUUACGUUCCCACGGUUCCACCUUUUCCUGGUUUUAUUUGCACAUACGACGUUGAUGAAAGGCACCCGUAAAGGACUCGUCUCAGAUUCUGGGGAAAACCGUUCCUCUAAUCUUUUAGAUGUUUGUUUUGGACAUUGCCAAAAGAGAUUUUCCAACAUUCAAACAAGUUUAGCCAAACCCUUAAUUGUGGCACAAAGAGCAUAUUUAUAGUCAUCAACUUAUAGAAAUUGAUCAUAAAUGUUCAUUUCUGACCCAUAGUGCAGCAUUUAUUUGGUUUAUAUCACUGUGUUCUUUCUAUUUCAGCUGCUGUAGUAGUCCUUCAUCUCAAUCCUCUUAAGAUUUGGGAAGUUUAGGUUUUGAUUGGAUAGGUUUCUACAAAUUUCCCUCAUCAGAUUUAGUAGCACAACAAAAACGAUGACAAAUUUACACACGAUCCGACUGGCUUGAAACAUAAUUUUUAUAACGAGGCAAAAUCCUGUACAGUUCCAUACAAAGAGGAACAAAUGCUCACCAUGAUUGUUUUGUUUUCAUAGAAUUAUAUUUUGGUAAAAUGUGAUAGGAGAUGGUCAGAGUUAAAAGUGGAAAAGGGCAAGUGUCUUCCCUUCCUUUAUUCUUUUCUUAUUUUUGUUGAAAGGCGUUUUCUUUAGCGGUCAUGUUUCUUCACUUUAAAAAGGGAACGUAGGAUGGUGGGAGUGUAGAGGUGCUCUUCAGCGACUCCAAAUAGUUCUUCUCUCCACUCCAUGAAAAUCUCAUUUACAUUGAUUGCAACUGCAGUUGUGGGCAAAGGUUUUUAGGAAUGACAAGUUUGCUGCUUUAGUGUUUUUGUCUGAUGUUCCCAUCUUAUUCUAAAUCAUGAUUAAAAGCAUUACAUACA